AUGGGUCUGGAUUGGAUCCUGCGAGCCAUUGUCAUCGUAAUGUCCUUCCUUUCUGCGGCGUUUGAUCUGGUGACUUACUUGAGAGUGCGCCAGCAAAUGCGUAUCACCCAUGGAUCAAAAGCUCAAGCAAAAGGCGAUGGUGCCAAUCGUCCGGAUAUACGGUUGGCAAAGCAGAUCAUCGUGAACCAAGCGAUGAACGCCUUGCUCGCCGUGCCAACGGUAUAUUUCUACUGUCUCGAAUUUGUUGGCGCGCCGACGCUAAACCCGGUGUUACGACGGUCCAUGCUCAUGCAAAGUCUCUAUUAUGAGAUUGGGACAGUAUAUCUUCCUAUCUUGGCGAAUGUUGUCACCGGG